AUGUCGUUGAAAUUGGGUGCUAUUUUAAUUUGCCUUAGUUAUUUCGCAAGUUUCGAGGCCAAAAUUCUAAUGUCAACGAGAGAAAUUGAAAAUAGCAUUGAAGAAAAUGCAAUGGAAUCAAAAGACACGGGAAGGAUAAAUUUGUCGAUGCCAGGUACCAAAUGGUGUGGCCCGGGUAAUACAGCUUCUUCGUACGAUGAUUUGGGACGACACAAAGAAGUCGAUAUGUGCUGCCGAGAUCACGAUCACUGUGACAAUAUUCCAGCUGGUGAAACCAAAUAUAAUCUAACCAACCGCGACUAUUUCACUGUCCUCGAUUGUAAUUGUGAUCAUGAGUUCCGUAAUUGUCUGAGAAAAAUCAACUCCAAAGAAUCGAAUCGCAUUGGUCGCAUGUAUUUUACACUACGAAAUCAUUGCUACCACGAUGAUAAUCCAAUUGUUCGUUGUGAUGAUUAUGAUACCGAAGUAUUUUUACAUCGUUGCAUCCACUAUGUUUUGGAUGAUUUGCAGUCAAAGCGAUAUCAAUGGUUUGACUUACCGCUUUACUACGAUCGAAAUGAGCGCGACGCCCUGGACGAUGAUGUUUAUGACUUUUAA